UGCGCCGGGUGGAAGGAGAGACGCCGCUCACGGGUUCUGCGGGAACAGACGACCACGUCUCCUCCGCAGCGGCGGGGACAAGGCCACUGGGCUCUAACAUGGUUUCUUUUUGCCACUGAGAGGAUCGAGAAGAUAUAGUUUUGGGUUUUUUCUCCCCCCCCCCCUUCAACUCGGCCCGACUUUUAAUUAUCGUCAAAGAUGAAGCCGCCGAUUGAAGUAAGCGUUUUCCUGCUUUCUCUCACGGCCCCCGGAGUCCUCUACGCCAUGAACAACGUCCCGGCCCUUCAGGAGCCUCUGCCUAUUCUGGGAAUGGGGAUGGUGGUCUUGGGGUCUGUACUUCUCCUGCUUCUUCUCACUGUGAGGCACAAGAAGAGCGUCGACCCCUUGUUCUAUGUGUUUGCAGAGUUCUCCUUCACCUGUGUGGUAGGUCUUACCAACGCUUUAGAGCAGGAUGGGUUCAUCUCAGGCUUCAUGGCCUUCUACCUGAAGAUGGGUGAGCCUCAUCUGAGCACUGCCUACGCUGUGAUGAUGGGGUACUGGGAAGGCGUGGUUCACUUUGGCCUCUUCCUCACUAUGAUCCACCGCAUGUUCAACAGGAAACCAUAUCGUAGUCUGGGUCUGCUGUGGGCAGGGUCCUCCAUCGCCCAUCAGCUCGUUUUCAUCCCCGGGGUGGUUGUCGGUAAAUAUGGAUCGAACAUUCGCCCCGCUUUUUGGAGGAACACGCCUUUCCUUUUGGUGCCUUUCUGGGCAGCCUCCCAGCUCUUCAGCAGGCCCAGGGAAAUGCCCAUCAUUACAGCAGACAAGAUUGCCGCAGAGCAAAGGAAAGGUUUACUGGCGAGGCCCAUCGACCUGCUCCUGUCCCUCGCUUUGGUGGGGACCAUGGCCUUCUCUGUUUUCAGAGGCUUCGUGAUGCUGGACUGUCCUCUAGAUACCUGCUUUACCUACAUUUACCAGUAUGAGCCCUAUCUCAAAGACCCUGUCGGCUUUCCCAGAGUGAUGAUGCUGGUGUAUUUGUUCUACGCUCUGCCACUGCUGGUUGUCCUCAUCUAUGGUCUGAGGACACCGGGAUGCAGCUGGAUGCUGGACUGGACCAUCUUCUUCGCUGGGGCCAUGGCUCAGACUCAGUGGUGCCACAUUGGAGCGUCUCUGCACUCCCGGACCCCUUUCACGUACCGGGUCCCGACAGACACCUGGUUGCUGGUCACCACCCUGAACGCCCUGUACAUGGCCGUUCCCGCUCUGCUGGCCCUGAGGUGCCACAUUAACCCUGCUUAUUUCAUGAAGACUGUUGCUAAGGGCCCGACCAACGACGAGAAGAAGAAGAACUAGUCCGGGUGCCGGCUAGGGAUUUCCUCUGGGUUAUCGGUUGCUGUGAUAAGGUUGAGGUUUGGAACAAAAACUGUGUUAAAGCAGCAUACACAUCAAGCGAAACCAAAAGGACAUUUACUUUAAGUCUUUCUUAACGGGGAACGCCACUCAAGAGGCAGCUUCAAACUCGCUUUCACCACACUCGGCACUCCCUGCGUGGACUACUGGACCUUGAUAAAGGCUGUUUGUGGAGGUGAGGACUGAGCGCCCACCAGCAAACCUGUCAGGUGAAUCACACAGACACCGAGUCACCAUCUCUUCCUAGACGUACGGGUCGUCCUCACACAGUUAUUAUGGUUACUGAACUCUGUCUACGAGUACAAUACCCAGCAGCCCAGAAGUCUCUGCUUCACCCACAACUUUAAAAAACAAUUUUUUUAGCCACAGGAUCAAUGAAAGUUCUUCGUAUUGGGUCGACAAGUUUCACUUUGCUGAAUAUCUUGGCGUUAUAAGUUAUUCAAACUAACCUCGAGCAUAUGUUGAGUGUUUGUAAAGCUGAAUGCAUUUCAGAGAGGGUGGUUGUUGGUUCCCCAAACACAAUGGGGGGGGGGGGGGGGGGCGCUUAAGAUCAACGGGAAUGCCACAAAUGCUUUACGUCGUAAUAACUUUUUUGGUUGUACUACAUGUUGAAAUUUGUUCUGACCCACAUGUAUGCUGUGACUUUAUGCGACACUGAAUAGAAAUAACGGCGUUUUUAUGAAAAUAAAUAUUGUAUGAAUCAGUUGACGUCUGGGUUUGUGGUGGGGUUGCUUAGUAGCUUCUUCUUUGUAAUGUGAAUGAAUAAAUAAUUUAC